AUGCCCCUCCUUGAUCAACUCCUCUCCUACAAGACCACUGCCUAUAGCACUCGAUUUCAAGGAGGAAGAAGGUUGAGCGUUAGAGGGAUUAUUACACCAAUCCUUUGCGCAGCUGGGGUCCAACUAAACAAGAAGAAGUCAACUCCAGCUGGUUGGAUGGACAUCAAGUUCUGCAAGACCAACACUGCCGUCCCGGACGAAGAACACAUCACAGUCCAGGUCAGCCCGUCCCGCGAGCUCGACCCUCUCGGCCACGGCCUAAGGCUUUUCAACCCGUACCAAAGCCGAGAGUUGUGUUAG